AUGGAUGAUAAUACAGUGCUUGAAAAGAGAGGCUAUAUCAUGGGUGUCACUCUGGGGGAAGGUGCCUACGGCAAAGUGAAAGCUGGCUACUCUGAUAAACUGGAAGGCAACGUGGCAAUAAAGAUUAUCGACAAGAAGAAAACUCCUCGUGAUUUCCUGGAAAAAUUUCUCCCCAGGGAGAUAGAUGCUUUGAAACGUAUGAACCACCCAUCAAUAGUCAAAACCUACGAGAUAUUCGAGACAAAGGCUGGCAAAGUGUACAUCAUAAUGGAGCUGGGGGAAAAGGGAGACCUUCUGGACUACCUCAAGAGCAAUGGAAUGAUGAAAGAGGACGUCGCACGGAAGAAGUUUCAUCAGUUGGCUUCCACCAUCAAAUACUGCCAUGACAUGGAUCUUGCUCACAGGGACCUGAAAUGUGAGAACAUCCUUCUCGAUAAAGACCUCAACAUCAAGCUGUCAGACUUUGGCUUUUCCAAACCCUUAGAUCGAGAUGAAAAUGGGAAAAUUACUCUCAGCAAAACCUUCUGUGGGUCUGCUGCAUAUGCAGCCCCUGAAGUGCUACAGGGCAUUCCUUUCAACCCCAAGAUUUGUGAUAUAUGGAGCUUGGGGGUCAUCCUAUAUAUAAUGGUCUGUGCAUUAAUGCCAUUUGAUGAUUCUAACAUCAGAAAAAUGGUCGGCAUUCAGAAACAACAUAGGAUUCGCUUCCCCAAGUCCAGACACCUGACUGCGGCGUGCAGAGAUCUCAUUUACCGCAUGCUCGAGCCCAGUGUAUCUCGGAGGUUGCGCAUAGAUGCGGUUUUAAGACAUCCAUGGUUGCAGAUGGUAGAAGCUCAGAUUCCUCCACAUCUGCAAGCUGCAGAAGAGGGUGAGUGUUCCCAGAAUCUGCAUGAGGAAAAAUCUGAGCACAAACAGCAAACAGGCUCAUCGUCUACGGAUGGCCACCCAAAGAAGGAGGAUUCCUCUGCCCUGGAGACAGUCUUGGGAAUUGUGAAUGCUGCCAGCAUUAAGCCCACUGAAGAGGCAGAUGAAGCAAGUACUUCGACAGAUGUCAGAGGAAGAGCAACUACUGGAGAAUUUGACCAUUAA